AUGAAUUGUCGAAGGAAGGCGACGAUCACAGAGCUUCGUCUCCGUUUCUGUCAGCCGAAGUGCUGUCAUGUGCUGUCUCUACCACACAUCGUGACAAUGAACGCAUGCAGACAAUACAGCCGCCUGCUGCUAUUUUGGAAAUGCAAUGUCACUGAAAUGUGUCUCGGAGCAACAAUGGCCCCUUCAAGGAAAGACAUUAUGAAGAGCAGCGAGCUCGCGAAACACGCCCCGGAUGCUCAGGACAUCACCCGCUCGAACGUGAGCAAGUGGAAUGCGUCGUUGUACCUCCAACAAGUACGACAUGUCAACGUCAUGAUCGGAAACUACGGAAGCAUAGCCGUGAAAAUUGAUCACAGGGAAAUUGUCGAGCUUGGCAGGAUCGCGAAUAGGAGGAUGGACGCUCAACAGCGCAAAGAGAUGACGUCUGCCGUAUUCAGCUUCGACUACGACGGGGAAAGCAACAGCCAGGCCAUGCGCGUCGCCUUGGGCUGGACCGAGAUGCAGAAAUUGACGCAUGUGGCGAUCGAACCGCAUUUGAAAUUCGAGUUCUCUCAAGGAGAUAGGAGAAGAGGUCAACUCAGAUACUUGAAAGUGUCGUAG